AAGAUCUGAUGGAUAUUAAGGUUGAGGUUAAAGAUGAAGCAGAAGAGGAGACGGAUUUCGGGGCCGAUCCGCAGUGUAAGGAGGGGGAGACUUUCAUUGGUUGUAAAGUCAAAGCCGAAGACUAUUCAAAAGAUGGAGGAAAUAUAAAGGAAGAGACGGAAAAUCCCAGUAAGAAUUCUGAGGGAAACUUCAUGUUAUCCCUGAAUGAUAAAGGAGAAGAUGAAGAUAUGAUGGAGCGCUCCUCCGGAGAAGACCUCCUUACCCCUAAUGUCCAUCCAGAUCUAUCCUAUAAUAAUCCACCUGAUCAUGAGGAACCUUCUCCUGACCAACCACACAUUGUUACCACAAGGACAGAGCAGGAUCAUGGGAAAGGUUUAUAUUGUGAGGAAUGCGGAAGAGAAUUUACUAAAAGAUCACAGCUUUUUAGACACAGGAGAAUUCACACAGGGGAAAAGGCAUAUUCAUGCUCAGAAUGUGGGAAAUGUUUUGUAGCUAAGGCAAGUCUUGUUAUACACGAGAUGGUCCACACAGGAGAGAAACCGUAUUCAUGUUCAGAAUGUGGGAAAUGUUUUAAAAGUAAAUCAGAGCGUGUUAAACACGAGAGAAGACAUACAGCGGAGAAGCCAUAUUCGUGCCCAGAAUGUGGAAAAUGUUUUAAAAGUAAAGCAGAUCUUUUUUCCCAUGAGAGAAUUCAUACAGGAGAGAAGCCGCAUUCGUGUUCAGAAUGUGGGAAAUGUUUUACAACUAAAUCAGAACUUGUUAAACACGAGAGAAGUCACAGAGGUUAUAAGCCAUAUUCAUGUUCAGAAUGUGGGAAAUGUUUUGUAGAUAAGUCAAAUCUUUUGAUGCAUCUGAGAAUUCACACAGGAGAGAAGCCAUACUCAUGUUCGGUAUGUGGGAAAUGUUUUUCAAAUAAGUCAAAUCAUGUUGCACAUAAGAGGAGUCACACAGAAGAAAAGCCAUAUUCGUGUUCAGAUUGUGGGAAAUGUUUUAAAAGUAAAUCAGAGCUUGUAAAACAUGAGAAAAGGCAUACUGGGGAGAAGCCAUAUUCAUGCUCAGAAUGUAAAAAAUGUUUUAAAAGUAAAUCAGAUCUUGUUCAACAUGAGCGAAUCCACGCAGGAGAGAAGCCAUAUUCAUGUUCAGAAUGUGGGAAAUGUUUUAGAGCAAAAUCAGAUCUUGUUAUACAUGUGAGAAUCCACACAGGCGAGAAGCCGUAUUCAUGUUCAGAAUGUGGGAAAUGUUUUACACAUAAAUCAAAUCUUGUGUCACAUGAGAAAAUUCACACAAGGGAGAAGCCGUAUUAAUGUUCAGAAUGUGGGAAAUGUUUUAUUACUAUAGGAAAUCUGAGGAGUCCUCAGAAAUGUCAUGCUGCAUAUGCAGAGAAUGUUUUACAUGAAAUUUUGAACUUAUCAAAUAAUUCACAUAAAGAAGAAACGCCGCCCCCAUUACUGUGCCUGAUGGGCCUGAAUUGUGGCCGCACAUGCACCAAAAUAAUCUUGAGUAGAAUUAAUUACAAAUGUAUUAUUAUGUUUGUGGCAGAAAAAAUAAUUAUAUGCAAAAGGGGCGUGGUCAUGAUUUGUCUAUAUUUAAGCCACAUUUACCAAGUGAUUGGUCCAUUUUCUGGUGGAAACAAAACCCACAUAGAAUUGGUGUAAGAGUUGUAUUAAGGUGCAACCUUGGCGAAAUCCUAUAUAAACACAAGAUAUAAAAAUGAAUUGGAGCGCACAGUGCCGGUUACCACUAGGAGACGCAGAGCGGGCGUUGGAACGGGCAGCGGGGAAUGGAUUGACAAGUCCCACUAAUUGUGCUUGGAGUAUGGGAAGCAUAUUAGGAGUACUGGCAGGGAAAUAUUUGGGUACGGAGGGCAUUGGGGAAUAUUUGGGGCACGGGCAGCGGAGAAUGAAGCACAGUCACAACGGGAACAUGUUCCUCCAUCCUCUGCUGCUCGUGCCCAUCGGGUAGGGGGAUGAGCACAUGUCCUCGCUGUGCGCAACAAUUGUGCUAGAAUAUGUUGAGCGGGGGUCAGGGGAAUAAAAUUAGAUUAUUCACAGUACAAGUUUAAAAACCCCGCCGGGAGCCCUGAAUGGAUACCCAAUGCCGGCCAUUCAGGGCUCCCGGCGGGGUAUUUGAAAAUGAAAGUAUGGACAGUAUAUACAUAGUUGGGGAGCGAAACAUGCCACACGCUCCCCUGGUUACUAAUGUCUGAUCGCAACGGGUCUCAGAAGUGAGACCCAGUGCGAUCAAGACCCUGUACUACUACCCCCAACAUGGAAUAGACUCUGUUCCAUGAUGGGGGUAGUAGUACAAGCACUAAUAUAGCCUCACCAGCCACCCACAGACUCCUGCAGCCAGGGGAACUACUACUCCCAUCAUGGAAACGAGUCUGUUUCAUGAAGGGAGUAGCAGUAGUCCCGCUGUUGGAGUCCAUAGGCGGCUGACACUAACGGAUGAAAAACUGAUGCAAAAAAGAUGCCACUAAAUGGCAUCCCUUUGCAUCCAUUAGUAGUAUAAUCCGUUUAAUAAGCAUUGAGGGGAGAAUAGCGGGACGGGAGAGAAUGGCCGUGUGAACUGCGCCUUAGGACGCACUUACAGUUGAAUUAUCCGCAUCCUGCUGUCACCACUGCUCGGUGCCCCUGCCAGGACAUAGACAGUGUUAUUAUGUAACCACACUGCCUUCAUCCCUAUGUAGGUGCCAGGCCUGACUAAUAGAGAGCAGAUACGCGAGGACAGUAUGGGAGCAAACGCUGGAGUGUAGAAUUACUUAAAGGGGUACUCUGGCGCUAAGACAUC